AUGACGGAGAAGAGAUGUUGUAUAGACCAAUGCUUUUCCUCAACUUCAAGAAAAGAAGAUAUUGGAGUUACAUAUCACAAAUAUCCUAAAAACGUUAAUUUAUUCAAUUCUUGGAUUCAAGCAACUCAUGUUGCACCUGUUAUUGAUAAUUCUGGAUUUGUGUGUUCAAGGCAUUUUCGUAAAAGUGACUUUCGAAUAUACCAGGAAUCAAAAUAUGUUCUUAAAACAGACGCUACACCAUCUAUUUUUCCUUGGACCAUGACUGAUUCCCAAAGCAUACUACCUCCUGAAGAUUGUCAUAGAGAAAUUGAGAUGUCUGAACGCAAUAUGGGGUCUGAGCCCAAAAAGUUGGAUAUGGACUUGAGUAAUGAUGAUCAACUCCUAGAUCCUGUCACUUCAGAGGAGUUUGCUAAUAUGAGUGUAAAGGCCUUAGAUGUAAUUCAUAAGUCUCAGGAAAUGCCUGUGCCAAUAGCACCAAAUGUUAUGGAUUUCAUUCUAAAUAAAUCUUACGAUAAAACAACUAAUGGACACCAAAACGCAGAGGUCAAAUCCUCUUUGCCACAAGGUGAUAAAGGGGCCGUUGCUCUGACUAUUGGUUCGAAAGUUGAAGCCAAAGACUUUAGCUGCCAAUGGCACACUGCUACUAUCAGUGAAGUAGAUUAUGAUGAAAUGGAAGUCUUGGUCCAUUUUGAGGAGUCAAAAAAUAUGCACGACGAAUGGAUCAGUGUUAGUAGUUCAAGGCUGCGCCCGUAUAAUCCAAGCCGAAUUUCUCAAGUGUCAAGUGCAGACAUGCCUCCAAAGCAUGUGAAUAAUGAGGAUAAAAAGCUAGAUGAAAGGAAGGCCAGUUUUCAAGAAGGAGAGAGAUGUCUAGCUCGAUGGCGAGAUAAUAGGCGAUUCAUGGCUACUGUUCACAAAGUAUUGGCCGAUGGUCAAUAUGAAAUAAUUUUUGACGACGGUUUUCACUGGAAAUGUUCCACGGCGAGGUUGAGCAAAGCGAAAGAUUCUUCUGGAAAGUCCUUUGAUGCCCUUUCCAUAGAUACGUCGAUGUCACCGCAUACUUCAGCCUUAUCCCCCCUGGCUCCCGGAAUGGGGCCCUUAGGAACACCAAGUCCACUCGGAACCCAAAAGUAUGACACGCACUUGUUCGAUCCCACUAGAGAUUACUUGGGGUCAAAAAGUGAGCGACGUGAAAUGAAACGAAAAUUAAAUAUUAAAGAAAUUUUCAAUAUCGGCCAGAAAAAACGUAAGAUAAAACAAGAUGAUGGUGCGACUAAGGAAAAGGUGAAGGUACUACGGAAGUCUGUUAUCAAAAGCGAGCCAGAAACAGACGUAAAAGAAGUGCCAGAUGCAGUUGCUUCAAUAAUUGGUACGUUUGAUGAGAAAGCGAUAAAGCUAGAGAACUCUCAGGCCAACGAAGACAAACAUGUUAAAGAAGACAGUGAUAAAAUAACGCUAAAUGAUCUCCUUGGAUCUGAAAAUCUAGCACAGGCAUCGACACUUUCAGAGAUUUCAGAUUCUGAUCUAAACAGUAGCACGGAUUCGUUUCAGGUGACUAAAGAAGAGGAAAUGCUGGAGAAGUUUGAUAAACCGGAUGAAGGUAAACAUGAAGAAGUCAUUGAUAAAAUGAAAGAAGUAAUAAGUAAACUAGAAGGAGGCUUAAGUGAAAUCGAGGCAGUUGUAAAGAAAAAACCACCAUCUCCAGACAUAGGUCUAGAGGUAAUUCAGGUUGAUCCGAAUGCGUUGGACAUUGAUGAAGUAGAAGAAACUGUAAAAAUGAAAGUUGAAGCUCAAUCCGAGAAUGAAACUCUUACACAGGAAGUUAGUAGUACGAGUAGUAAUACUGUGGUAAAGACGGAGAAGCCAAAGAAAGCAAUAUCAAAAGUGAAAAAGGGGAAGAAGAUGAGGUUGUUACAAGACAAGAAGGUUAAGAAACAGGUGGAAAGAGUAAAAAAUGAAUUAGAAGAGAUGAAGAGGCAAGUUGCCGAAAUGCGUAAACAAAUGCUGCAGAAGACCGAAGCCCUAGCGAUUCAGAAGAAGCAGCAGCAUAUGCCGCAAGAGAUGCCCGAGAGUUUCCUGUUGCCGGGCGAAUGGUGUUGUCGUUGGGUCAAUGGAGAGCCGGUUGGCGAAGUGCACGAGACGGAGACGGAACCGAAGUUUGAUGCCAACAACAAGCCAGCGCUGCCUCGCCGUACCGUUUUGGUUGAGGACAAGCGGCUACCAGAGGGCUGGAAAAAGAUCAUGGUUCGCAGAAGCUUGGGACUGUCUGCUGGGAAAUGGGAUGUAGUUUUAGUGAGUCCAGACAACAAAAGGUUUCACACAAAACACGAGAUGCGCAACUACCUCGAUCUGACAGCUGGCGAACUUAAGCCCUACGAGUAUGCCUUGCUGGACUUCGGCGUGCAUCUGAAGUUAUCAAGGAGGAUGGGCUGGGUCACCCACAGUGGAACGCGUGCAGCUCCCGUUUCGAACACUUCGCCGUUCUUCAAGAAGAAGCUUAGCAUUAAAAAGGAUAUGAAGAAUAAGAGAUUGAAGAUAAGAAAGCCGACUUAUAUCAUUCAAGGACUAUCAGGAACAAGCGGCGAAGCUGAUAAUGACAUACCAGUUUCUGAACCUCAAGACCCGCCAAUAGAAGACGGUUACGUGUACGUCGGUUCCCUAAAAGUUCAAGUUAUAGAUAACUUACUGAGGUGUCCAGCUGAAGGAUGCCUUAAAAACUUCAGAAAUAACACACUCUUGAAGAUGCACAUAAAACACUAUCACAGAGAGCUGAAGAAGAUGCUGGGUGACACACCUAAAGUGUUAGACUUGGCAUAUGCAAGGCACAGACCGAUAUUAGGUAGCAAAGUUCGAAAGCCCAAAGAGAAUAGAGUGCUCAAAGUAAAAAUACCAAGGCUACCGAAGUCUCUGAUCACACCGCAGCCUGAGGUAGUUAAGACAGAGAUUCCAACGGAACCAGUGACUGUUCCUCCUGUAGUUCCAGAGGAACAACCCGCUGCAGAGUCGCCGAAGCUUCGCCAAGCAUUAAUACCAAAGCCAGUGAAGCGGCCAAAAGUUUUACUCCCUGUGCGUCGGACGAACCCUGAACCGCUUGUCGAUGACGUUAAAGAAGAAAUUGAUACCCCCAAAAUAACUCCACCCGUGGAAAUUGUCGAUUGCGUAGACUUUGAAGCCGCCAUCUCCACCCACACGGUAACUAAGCCGGAGGACUACAGAAAGCUGAGUAAACCACCCAGGUCGGUCUACAGCGAAGACGAGGAGUGGCCCACGAUGAACUCUGACUUUGAGACUCGGUCCAGUUUCCCUGGCUCGGGCACCCCGGACUCAAAGACGAUGGACAAGCCCACGAACCCCGUCGCCUCCUCGGAGUCCAAUGAAGAGGCGAAGGGGGGAGAAAUGUAUAUGUUCACCGAGACCGGCGAACGCAUAAAGAUUGAGCGAAUGAAACGCGAGGAAAUCAUCAACUGCCAUUGUGGCUUCCGGGAGGAGGACGGGCUGAUGGUGCAGUGCGAGCUGUGUCUGUGUUGGCAACACGCGCUCUGCCACAAUAUUCAGAGGGAAUCCGAGGUGCCGGAGAAAUAUACCUGCAGUAUUUGUUUAAAUCCAAAAGGCGGACGACGUUCGAAGCGCUUCUUGCACGAUCAAGACAGACUAUACGAGGGGCUCCUUCCUGGGGCGAAGCCCUGCGAGUUCCUGCGUAGGUCGCACGAGCUAUCCGGCAAUUUACUUCGAAUACAGGACGCUUUGCACGCUAUGAGAGUCAAGUACCACGUCGCUACCAAGAAGAACCAUCCGAAACUCUACCUCUGGGCGAAGGACUGGGAGAACGCAGAGCUAAAUUUCGCCCAAGAGCGAAUAAACUCGGACUAUUCAGACCUUAACAUAAUCAUCAACAACAUUGGCAAAGAAAACCUCCCCGUGAAGCCGGCCCAAGACGGCGACGAGAGGGAGCCCUUGCUCAACUUGAGCGGGGUGCCUCUAGAUUUCCCCAUCACUACGUCCGAGCUGGAGCGAAUGGCCAGGACGAUGCAAGAGCAAGAGAGCCGUGUGCUGGUGCCGCAGCCGGAAGCGGCGAUCGAGAACAGCGCGUGUCGGGAGAGGCUGCUGCGGCACAUACAGCGCUGCCAGGCAGUCAUCGACGGGCGGCUGGACUCCAUCGAGGCGCAGGUUGCCGAACUGGAAUCGCAAGAUCCAUCAUUCGAAGAUGACGAGACGGCGGAUUACUGCCCACGAACGAAGCAGACAAUUCAGAUGCUCAUGCGGGAUCUCGAAACGAUGGAGGAGUUGGGAGUCAUUACUUGA